UUUCAUUAAUCCGUGUUAAAAACGGCGACCUACGGGUUUUUGUAUGUGCGUGCUCGAUAAGCUGGUUUUCUGAUAUAAUUAUUUAUCAUAAUUAUUUCUGAUAUAAUUGUUUAGCUGGCGAGAUGUGGCUGAGUAGCACAUUAACGUGGUGUAUUGCUGUCUUUCUUAUGACGCCCCUGCUCACUGAGUGUUAUCCUCGAUCGUCUACUAGUACAUUCCUGCAAAGAGCGCCUUUGGCAAGCCAGAAGCUCCUGAGCAGUCAAUAUCAGGCUGCGAUUCCGCAAAGUCCGCCUAAAAUAAACGACCCUGUUCCGCAGGGGCGUCAGAAAACCGUGUCCGUGUACUGCCAUGAAGAAGCGAUAGAGGUUGUGAUGAACGCAGACCUGUUUGCGUCGGGGUUUCUAGUCUAUGCUGAGGAGCUGUUGCUGGGUUCCCCAUCUCUGCCUAACAAAGUGUCUGCAGCAUCAUGUGGAGCCGUGCAAACCGGAAAAUCACAGCUGACAAUACUUGCUUAUUUCAAAGACUGUGGAACCAAACUACAUGUAACUGGAGACUCUCUAGUAUAUUCAAAUGUCGUUGUGUACUCCCCUCUACCAUCUCCUGAUGGUGUGCUCCGCCAGGAAGGUGCAGUCAUACCUGUUGAGUGCCAUUACCGGAGGCGGUACAGUGUUGACAGUGCGGCAGUGGCACCCACUUGGAUCCCAUUUGUUUCCAGUGCUUCUGCCACCGAUUAUCUGGACUUUAGUCUCCGACUGAUGAAUGAUGACUGGCAGUUUGAGAGGGGCUCGAAUGUUUAUUUCCUUGGGGAUGUGAUACACCUUCAAGCAUCGGUUACCUUGGCCAAUCACUUCCCCCUCCUCCUGUUUAUUGACUGGUGUGUGGCUACACCAACUUAUGAAGUGGUUCCUAGUGACAUCAAAUAUUCUUUUGUGGAUAAUCAUGGAUGUCUUUUAGACAGUAGGAGUUCGUACUCUCGCUCCAAGUUCUUGCAGAGGAGCCAAGGCAACAAAUUAAACCUGCAACUGGAUGCCUUCAGAUUCUACAAAUUGACCAGCAACUCGGUAUUCAUCACAUGCAACCUAAAAGCUAUCCCUGCUGCGUAUCCUGUGAACUCUCAGAAUCGAGCAUGUUCCUCUAUUGAUGGAAGGUGGCAGUCUGUGGAUGGAGGUGAUGAGGUUUGCAACGGCUGUGAGCCAUCCAGACAAGCUGCGGCAGAGCCUCAACCAAUCCAGCCUUCCCGCAUCACGCUAGCCCCUCCCCUCAAGCAGCCUUAUUUGGCCCAAAAACCAAAAUUUGCUGAUUUCUAUCAUGUGAGACCUGGUCAGUCAUUGGAACCCUUUAAAGCUCUUAUUAAUUCAAGGCAAUAUGCCGGUGGUGUGUCGAAGAGAGGAACUGACUCGAACAAAGACUGGAGCAAGAUUGCCUCAAUAGGUCCUUUGUUUCUGAUCCCAAAGCAAGAAAUCACCACCCAAUCACCUGGGUCCCUGCAGUCCGGCCCAGCUGAGGUCUUAUCAUCCGUGGCUGAGGAGCCGGAGCUCUUAUUCAACUCCACCGAGACGAGUCCUGUGACUGAGCUGGAGUUUAAAACCGAUCAAGAGACCGAAAGCUCUAGUCCAUUAGAGAAGGGCCUGUUCCUUAAUGCUUCUGAUCUUUUCAGUUCAGAAGAGGGGAGCGGGUUUGAACCAUGACCCUCCGCAUGAGAAAAAUGAGCCCAUGAGAAAAAUGCAAACUGACAACAUGACCUUUUCUAAAAAUAAAAGUUUUAGAACAUC